AAUACGGAGUGUGUAUUAAAGAUACGACCUUCAUCCCAUUUUAUUAGACAUCUUUGAUUUCUCCCAUCAAAUAUUGUAAUCAUUGACCAAUUAUUUUUACUACGGAGUAAUAUAUUUAUGUAAAAUUUAAGAUUUUUGUACUUUUAUAAUAUCAUUAAUUUCAAUAAAGAACAUCUUCAUGUCAUUCUCAUAUAGUCAUAUUAUCAAUAAUUCUGUAUAUCAUGUCAUUCUCAUGUAGAAAUCACUAAUUUGAAGUUAGUUUGGCCUAACUAAACUAAAAUGGGAAGAGGGUAUUCAAUAAUCAAUAAUCAAUACUACUCUGUACGUAACUAACUAAAAACGAAUAACAGGCAAGUGAGCAAGUCAGUCUCUUUUGGCGGGAAGUUCUUUUCCCAAGAAACAAUUUACAAAUACGGAGUAGCUUAUUAGUCCGUAUACUACUACAUGUACGCAAUAGAUGAGAUUUUGGAUGAAAUACUCGGCACAAAGAUUGGUUUUGACGUUCGAUUUCUUUUAACCGUGAUCAACUGAAUUAGAUCAUGGUGACGAGUUUUGGCGACGCUUUUGGUAAGAUUUUGGUGUCUUUAAUUAGUAAUAUGGUGUGGGUGGAGUUCGGAAAAUUAGUAAUCGUCGACAGGACUGCGGGAGUGAUUGAUUUCGUUUUCUUUUUCCUCCGUUGGCGUGUUCAGUGUCAUUGGCCCUGCAUCUUCGGUUGAUUUUGCCAUUAAUGGUCCUCACAAGAAUGGGAUUUCGAAUUGGAUCUGUAGUUUCUUCAUAUGUACGCCUGCCCAGGAAGGACUUAAUAAGUGAAAUGCCAAAUGAUAUUCUGUGCUCCAUCCUCUCACGACUGGAUACCAAAGAUGCGGUUAGGACUAGCAUAUUGUGUAGUCGAUGGAGAAACCUCUAUCUUUUUCUGCCAAAUUAUUCUUUUAGCUCCCCAUGCUUUGUGGAGAAGCCUUUCAUUCUCUGGUGUAGGUGCACUGCCGAGUACAAGAAUUUUUUUUUUGACCUCCAUGGAUCGGUUUAUUCAAAUCCAUAGAGGAGGUGGAUCUGAAAAGAUCAAAACUUUCAGCAUGUCAUUUUGUGUAGAGAGAGAAUCCACAUGUCGCAUUGAGCGUUGGGUGCGUCACAUUGCUGGGUUGGGUGUGGAAGAGCUUACCCUUAAGUUGGAUAAUCAAUUCUUUGCAGAUCCGAUAUCAUUCCCGAUUCGAGAGCUUUUAUGCGGAGCAGCAGCACCUAUGCUCACAUCUCUGUAUUUGUCUAGGUGCAACUUGGAACCCCUCAACCCCCAACAACCGUUCAAAACUCUAAAAUCCCUAACGUUGCAUAGGAUUGGUUCAGUUGAUGUGAAGAGCAUAUUGUCAUCAUGCCCAAAACUUAAGUCUCUAUGCUUGGAUGAUUGCUCUCUUCCUUCUAAGGUGUUCAUUGGCGGAAGAAAACAACUGGAGUUGAAGUCAUUAACCUUUAUCGCAUGUUAUGGGGCAAACGAGGAGAUAUAUUUGUGUGCUGAAAACCUUCUAAACUUGGAAGUGAGUUGUUUACCACUGAAGUUUUCUCAUCCUGCCCAUGCCCCAAGCUCCAGCAUGUCAGCUUCAAGGGAGUAUACAAUGGUGAUAUACCACACACCAUUAGCUGGGUAGCAAAGGAUUGUUCUCAGGUUGAAACUUUUUGUCUCGAUUUAAGGUUGGACAAAAGCCAGGUGGCAUAUGGUUUGCCGCGCAAGGUGCCCACAUUUAGUCGUUUGAGGCAGCUUGACAUACUAAUGGAGUUCAAUGAUUUGGUUGAUGUGACCCAAGUUGCUGGUUUAAUCAUUCACUGUCCACUGCUUCAGAUAUUACAUUUGGUGCGAAGGGCGAAAACAGCCCCUAGACCACUUGGUCCAAGGAGUUUAUCUCCCAUAAAUCAUCUUCAUCUAAAAGAAGUAGAAUUCGGUGGGUUCCAUGGUUUGGAGAAUGAGAUUUCUUUGGUAUUAUAUAUCCUGAAAAGUGCUUUAGCUCUUGAGAGGAUGACAUUAAGAAAGGAUUUUGAGGGGUAUGCUGCAACAUUUAACAAGAGCAAAGGUUGCAUGGAGCUUAGUUGUUCGCCAAAUGCAGAGUCUACUCCAACAUUUGAUAAGAUCACAUCACACGUAAUCCAUCAACAAUUGCAAGGGCAGGCUGCUUCUCCAACAGUGCAAGUGGUCAUAAUUUAGGUUGUCUUCUUUUGUGUUCAAUUUGUGUGGCCUUAUUUGUCUAGUUUGACCUGGUUUGGCCCGAUAGAAUGUUUUCAUUCUUCAAGGUAGUGCAUCAUUGCCUUAGUAGACCUUACACAGUUACACCCCUAAAAAUGUUAGGGAAAAUUAAAGCAUGAUUUUGAAGCCUUGCGCAGGCUGGAUAAUGUCUAUUGUCUCUUGUUUUUGAAGCGGUUGAAGUCUUGAGCGGGAUAAUGUCUAUUGUCUUGAGCGGUUUUAAUUACUAUCAAGGAUUGAAGGCACGUGAAAGAAAAUUGUUAGAUCUCAUUUUUGCAAAUAUUCCAGUAAUAAUAAUAUGAAG